AUGUCGCAUAAGUUUGUAGCGUGUGAUGCUGCGAGAGAGCGUAAGAACAGAGCGUAUGCCUUCGCCAACCAACAAAUCCUCAAGUACGCCUUAGUGCAACAUGCCUGGUCAACACUCGAUAUUGAGGAUGAGUCGACUUGGGAGUACAUCAACAGUAUGGAGAUCAGCGAAUUGGAACGGAAGAAGUUCGAGGCGGAUGUGCUCACAAACAACGUUCAAUCAAAUAUUAAGUUCCUGAAAGCCGAAGAAAAUCCGCUGCCACUUGUCGUCAAACUUCGAGCAUUUCGUGGACGCGGCGACUUCAGCCAGCGUAACCAGCAAAGGAACAACAACUGGACACGUCAGAAUUUCGCUCAACAACAAAACUACGACCAUCAAGCUGACACUUUCCAAGCGCCCCAGAACUCCAUUUAUCCACUGCAGCAAUACUUUUCUGGACCACUCCAAACUGUUCCCCCGAUGGCAGUACCAAUCUCUUCCGCUCCUGUCGCUUAUGUGCCAGUCAAUCAUGGCUACAACAACACUUUCUCAGCAGCUCCCAUGCAAAACAGCUACUCCCAGAGCAACCAGCCAAAUGGUGGUUAUUAUCCAUCUCCAACCAAGUUACGAGACAGUGGAGUAUACACAAGCUUAACAUCGAAUGGAUUCCAAGGAAGUCAGAACAUCCAAUAUAUUCCAGCAUCUUAUCCGUUAGUUCUUUUUAUUUUUUCAAUAUAUAACAUAACUAUCCGUUUCAGGAGUGAUGUUCCAUUUCCUUCCGGUCCUUGUGGUUAUGCUCCAGUACCUCAUGGCAACACGGUCUCAACUUCUCACGGCUACUCACAGAGUAAUCAUCCAAAUUGUGGUUAUUAUCCAUCUCCAACCGAGUCACGAGAUACUGCAGUAUACACAAGCGCGUCAUCUUAUGGAUCCGAAAGAUGCCAGAGCGUCCAACAGGUUCUAGCCUAUUCUCCAAGUGAUGACCCAUACGCAUCAGUUUUUUCUCCAGAAGCGUCUCAAAUCCAUGAUUCAUCACCAAGUCGUUCUCUCCGUCAGGAUGCUUAUCGGAAAGUGCAAACGGCGAAUGCGAAGCCACUAAUUCAAACCACCAUCAAGGUUGAACCCAAUUAUGAAAGUAAUCUGCAAGUUGUUUCCGGACAACACGAGGAACCACAGUUGACCGUUGAAGAUGAUAAUGGCAACAAAGACACACCACAACAAGUGUCUAGUGACGUUGCUACUUCUUUAGUUGCACUUGAAAAACCGGCGGAGUUUAUGGAAUCGACUGAUUUUGAUACCGAAAAAAUCGAAAAGCAGGACACUUCAGAUGAGGCAACUGUGACAGUGGCAAAGCAACGUAAUUCAGAAUCUGUGCUUCCAACUGCACCCGAAUUUGCUAAGUUUGUGGAGGAAGUCAAACCACUGACCAUUGGAACUACUGUCGAAGAUAACAUUCAAACCACCACCGAGUUUGAUCUCGGAAAGGAGAGUCCGAUUGUAACUGAUGAUGUGUCUGGCGCAUCCAAUUCGGAUCUGAAUUGUGAGCUGUCAAAACUCGAUAAAUCAGUGCAGUCUAUGAAAACUACUAAUUUCGAUAAUGAAGAACUCAAAGAUCAGUUCACUUCUGACGAGGCAACUCUGACUUUGCUCCCACACGCACCCGAAUCAGCUAAAUUUGUGGAGGAGAUCAAACUACUUCCAAUCAUUAAAAUUCAUGCCGAAUGUGGCAUUCAAACCACUACCGAGCUUACAGUGGGGAUGAGCAAGAAAAUCAUUGUGCUACAACACGAGGAACCUCAAUCGGUCAUUGGCAUGAAAAAUGGCAAAAACGACCAAAAACUGCAAAUCAGCCAAGCAAAAGAUAUUGAUACUCGUCCCAAUGUAGCUGAGGAUAUGUCUGGCGCUUCGAAUUGUGAUACAAGUCCGGAGCACAAUCCCUCGAAACUCGAGAAACCAGUUAUGUCCACUCCAAUCAAACCUUCUGAUGUGGAAACUGAAGAACUCAAAGGGCACACUACUUCUGAUGAGGGAGCAACAGAGCCAAACAUUUCCGAACUAGUCAGAAAGUUGGCGGAUGAUGCAGAAUUCCCAGCACUCACUAGCAAAACUUUGUAUUCAGUUGUAAAGUGCUCAAAGGAUGCCGGUGUGCCAGUCGGAGAAAAUGACAAGCUUUCAAAGCCGCUGAUGUCUGAAGUCUUGCUUGCUGCUAUUGAGAAAGACAAGGGAACUGUCAAUUCCUGUUUGAAUGCUGUUCCGAUCGUUCAACAAUGUCCCAAUCAAAUGAAAAACAAGAACCUGACCGACACAGACGGUAUAGCGACAAAAUCCCAAAGCUCCAAAAGCCAUUCCAUAACAAGAAACCUGAGGCUACCAAAAACCACCUGCCAGCCAAGCAAAAACAGUAAGUUGAUCAAAAAUUGUAGAUUCAAACAUAUUGAAAUUUUGAGGGCCUCUACCUCGGAAUGGGAAACGGUCAAAGUUUCGUCUAAAGUCUCCAACAAUACAAAGAAGUUGGCAGUUCUAGCAGAACAACCACCAGUUGCCAAAGAUAGAAAGAAAAGUCCAUCGUCCAAAGAGCUGAAAGCGUCGACAAUUUCAACAACACUGAAAACCGAGCAAUCGGGAAAGGAAAAUCUUGCAGAGUCGAACACUGAUAAACCAGACCAGCCUGAAAAAUCCCAAACUUCGAAGUCCAGCCAAAAGAAGUCCAUGAGAAACAAAAAGAAGGUCCAAAAAGCCAAAGCUGCCAGACCCUCGGUCAUCGAAGAUUUCGACACUCUCCUGAAGCAGUUCAAGGAAGAGGAUAGAAAAUCAGCGGAGAAAAAAGGCGAGGUCCGUGAAGUGGUGUUCGAGAAGGCAAACGGCAACAAGAAGAAGAGGACGAUUCGUCAAUAUCAAGCAGAAAAAUGGAAAUAUGAAGCAGAAAAGGAGGAGGCUAAAAGGAAUGAUCAGGAGCUAUUAGACUCUGUCGAGAACGAACAAAAACAACUGGAUAUCUGUGUCAAUUUUGGUCUUCCUCUAUUUUUUGUAGAGCUAGAUAAUUGCGUAAAAAACCGCUCACCAAUGUUCAACUGGCCGGAAUGCCCAGUGAGGGACUUCUCUGAAAGCGACGAAACCACUCGGGACCGUGACGAGCUGGUGCUCAAAUUCAUCAACAUAAGAAUUUCGGAUCAGUUUACAACUUGUAUGCUGCAGGACUUGUUCUACAGUUUCCUCGGACGUCAUUACAAUUCCAACUUGGGUCCUAUCCUGGAGCCGUUGGCGAGAAUUCGCAUGGAGCGAGAAAUAACCCUUGCUGAUGAUUGGGAGCUGAUUGUCAGAAUGCUCAACAAACGAGAGCACAGAGCCGAGUGGAAUGAGUGCUACUUCUACUAUAUGAGAUCGACUGAUAAGACUCGAUUCUGA